AUGAAGAUUAGACCAAAACAGUGCGCCAAUGCCAUCGGUGAAGAAGGCACCUGCAUGUUCGUCUGGGAGUGCAUUAAAACGGAAGGCAAACACCUGGGCACCUGUGUCGAUGGCUUUCUCUUUGGCAGCUGCUGCGGCCACAAUGACACAGACAACAGUGUCGACCAUGCGGCAGAGCCCACUGAGUUCCAGACGACUCCUUCCGUGCAGACCACCUCAACGGUGACUAGCAGCACUAUUACGAUCAAAGACAGGCACAAGAACAAAUGGAAACCACAGUCGGCAACAACAUCGCUGACAGUUGUCGCAUCAAAAGCCACAACAACAACAACAACGACCGUGGCUCCAGUGACGACACCGGUGACGCUUCGAACGACAACUUCGACGACAUCGACGACCACUAAAAGGCCGUACCGACCUCAGCAGCACAAUGGCAGCAGUUCAGUGUGGUCCUCUUCGCCUUCUUUUGGCGUUCCAGGCUUUCACAAGCCGGCCACCAGUCAGCGUCCGUGGUACAUCUACCCAGGAAACAGGCCCAUCAUGAGCACUUCACGACCAAGUGCCAUCCACUCCUUUGUUUUGCCGACCAGCAAACCGCCAUCAGCCCAUCUGCCACUGCUCUCCCACAUUCCCAACAAGAACGUCACUCAGAUCAGGCCCACAUUCAGGCCCACUGUACAGCAGGCAGCAGCACCAGCCCCACCACCACAAUCACCACCAGAGCCACCGGCCACCUUUGACUGGACCUCCACUUCUGGCUCACUGUCGAGUGAGACGAGCAGUAAGAUACCGACGACAACAAGUACCACCACGACCACCAGUGCCAACAGUGUGCAGACGUCAGAUCGCCCACCACCACCAGCCCAAUCACCAGCAUCAUCAUCAUCAUCAUCGGACGUUUUCCACCCUCAACCACCGUCCACUGCUGAAGUGGGCGAGGCAGUGAAACGACCGAGCACGCCGAGUGCGGCCAAGUCUAGCUGUGGAGUCACUCAACUGCGACCCAAGACUAAAGUCGUCGGUGGGAAGAAUUCCGCAUUUGGUGCGUGGCCAUGGCAGGUGUCUGUUAGGCGAACGCAUUUUUUCGGCUUCUCCAGUACGCAUCGUUGUGGCGGGGCGAUUCUCAACAACCAGUGGAUUGCCACGGCUGGUCACUGCGUCGAUGACCUACUUCUAACCCAGAUUCGCAUUCGCGUGGGCGAGUACGACUUUAGCAGCGCCAUGGAGCCGCUGCCGCACAUUGAACGGGGCGCCAAGAAGAAGAUUGUCCACCCAAAGUACAACUUUUUUACCUACGAAAAUGACCUCGCCCUGGUGCAGCUCGAUGCGCCCAUUGACUUUCUGCCGCACAUCUCCGCAAUCUGUCUGCCGCCUGACGGGGUGAAUCUGCUGGGCAAGAAUGGCACUGCCACUGGCUGGGGACGGCUCACUGAAGGCGGCGUUCUGCCAACUGUUCUGCAGGAAGUUCGUGUGCCCAUAGUGAGCAAUGACAAGUGCAAGAACAUGUUUCUGUCUGCGGGCAGACACGAAAUCAUACCGGACAUUUUCAUGUGCGCUGGCUACGAUGAGGGUGGGCGCGAUUCCUGUCAGGGUGACUCUGGUGGGCCUCUACAGGUUCAGGGAGAAGAUGGAAGGUGGUUCCUGGCGGGCAUCAUCAGCUGGGGCAUUGGCUGCGGCGAGCCCUCACUGCCGGGCGUCUGCACAAGGAUAUCCAAGUUUAAGCAGUGGAUUCUCAGCUACAUCGCCAACUGA